AGAAAUUAUUUAAGUAAAAGUUCCCAAUAUUUCGUCAAAAUUGAACGCCGAGUUGCAGUCCACAAUGCAGAAUAAACUGGUAACGUUAAAAACGCAGAGCCCGCUGUUCGGGCAGUUGGUAAUUGGACCUCCCGGGUCCGGUAAGACCAGUUAUUGCAGCAAAAUGAAAAAGUUUCUUGAGAAGCUGGAGCGAAAGGUUACCGUCGUUAAUCUGGAUCCGGCUAACGAUAAUAUGGAGUACGACAGCUGUAUCGACAUUAUGCAGCUAAUCACCGUACAGGACGUGAUGGAGCAGUUCAGCUUGGGACCGAACGGAGCACUGAUUUACUGUAUGGAAUUUCUGGAAGCGAACUUCGGUUGGCUGCUAGAGCAGCUGAAGGCGUCACCCGACAGGUACUUCAUCUUUGACUGCCCCGGUCAGGUGGAACUUUAUACACACCACACUGCCGUGCGGAAUAUUUUUGCACAAUUGGAACAGCUAGGGUAUCACCUUUGUACGGUACAUUUGGUGGAAUCGCAUCACUGCUCGGAACCGCACAAGUUUAUUUCCACCCUGCUGCUGUCGUUGCACACGAUGCUGCAGAUGGGAUUGCCCCACGUUAAUGUGCUCAGUAAGGCCGAUUUGCUGAAAGAGUACGAGUCGAAGUUGGCGUUCAGUUUGGAGUACUACACGGAAGUGCUGGAUUUGCAGUAUUUGUUGGAUUGUGUGGAUCAAUCGAUGAUGGGACCGAAAAAUAAGUACAAAAAACUGAAUGCGGCGAUAGUGUCCAUGGUUGAGGAUUACAGUUUGGUGUCCUUUCAUUUGCUGGAUUCUAAUCGCGACGAAAGUUUGCUGAGGUUGAAAAAUGCGAUUGACAAAGCAAAUGGAUACGUGUAUGGUGCUGGAGAGGAGAAGAACGUUAACACUCUACUGGCCUGUGCAGUCGGAGUCGAAACGCAGAAGGAACGAAUGGAGCGGGAUAUUGAUCCGUAUUUAAGUUAGUUAAGUAUUUAAGGUGAGUGGAAAAAUAAA